CCGCCGCUUUGUCCCCUUGCUUGGGUAGGGGCUGGCGCGCGCGCCAGGGGACAGCUUCUGGGGGGUGCAGGGCGGGGCGACAGCUGUCCGAUCCGGGUCCCUCUCGAGUCCGCCGCGGGCUGCCGAGCGGACGAUCGGCAUCAAGGCAAGCAGUGCCUGCAGCUCCAUUGGCCGGAGCGGCGGGAGCCUGAGGGUGCGGACGGAGCUAGGGGCAGCGGGGAGACCCUUGGGCUGUCCAGCGCGCGGUCCGAAUCUUUGCCAGGCUUGCAAACUGCUCCCGUUCCCCCCACCUCGACGGAAAGUUAGGGGCGGGCUUGGACCGUAGCCGAUGUUGUGGGAUCGGAUUUCCCUAGCGCGGCCCCCCGCCCUCCCGUUCUGCUCCAGAGGCGGGCUGGCACUGAGAACCAGCCCCCUCUCCAGAGCUCGGCCGCCCGGUCCCGCUCUGGAGCGCCGCGACUCACGACCGUGUGUGCAAGUGUGGGGCGCAAGUCCUGGUCCUGCACCCUCCAUCCCCCUGGCUGUCCGUGUCCCUUGCCUUGGGAAGAGCUGGGGGUUGGGUCAUCACUACGCAGGCAGAUUCUCGGAGCGCGCCACCGGGUUUUGACCCCAGCCUAGGGUAAUUGGCAGAGAGGAAACUGAGGGUGUGUCAGGGGGGGACUGCCCCGGGGAAGGCAGCCCCAGCCCCCCGCCCUUCCCGCGCUGGGGUUCUGGACCGACAGGGGGCGAGCGCAAGCCCGGCUUUGCCACGCUCCCAGAGCUGCCGCUUUGUUUGCAUUCAAAUCCCCGGAGCUGGGGGAGGGGAAAGCCCACAGUAGGGAGACCGGGACCGGGUCUUGGCCCGGAACCUUUGUUUUGGGAUGCAAUCCCCAGAUUCUGCAUCUCUGCUCCCGGCCCCUAGCGUCUGGAUUAGUGGAAAUCAGUCCCGUUGGCCUAGUGCCUAGUGCAGGGUCCCCGGGGUGCAAUCCCCGAGUUAAGAACGUUCGUCAGAGCCGGGGAGGGCGUGGGAGGAAAGUAGCCCUUGACGACCAUUCGUGGGCAUCCCCUGUUGUCCAGGAGAACCCCGCUUCGGCCUCCCCAACCCAUUUCACUUCCCUCCACGAUCCCGCUCCCGCCGCGGCGGGGAGAUCCCCCGAAGCCUGGAGCCGACUCGUGGCCCGGCCGCCUCUCUGCGGGAGGGUCAGUGUCUCCUAGAAGGCAGUUGGAGGAACAGGACUGGGCCUGGUCAUUUCCACGCCCAUCCCACCCACUUCCUGCCUCCCUCUUGGGCAACAAAGGGGCCUCGGGAAGCUGGGCCCAUUUGGUUCCCGGCUCCACUCCUACUCCAGCUUUGCUGAUGUGGAACCGGGUUUGGGCUCUGCCCGGCUAUUGUCUGCGCUGGGGGAGGGGACAGGCUGGGGCCGGGAACUCUGCACGUUGCCUGCUUCACCAAGUCCCUCACUGGAGGUCUUUGCCCAACCGGCUGCCUGCGUCUGCUGAAUAAGGGGUCUAUCUCCCCGAAUUAGGUCUUGGUGUUGGCUGGAGCCCCACUGGUAGCAACCCGGCUUUUAACGCAGGGCUGCUGGACUGAAGUUUAGACUCUGGGUGUCUGCCAUGGCCCCACACUGGGCUGUCUGGCUGCUGGCAGCAGGGCUGUGGGGCCUGGGCAUUGGGGCUGAGAUGUGGUGGAACCUUGCGCCUCGGAAGACUGUAUCUUCUGGGGAGCUGGUCACAGUAGUGAGGCGGUUCUCCCAGACAGGCAUCCAGGACUUCCUGACCCUGACCCUGACAGACCGUUCUGGCCUAUUAUAUGUGGGGGCCCGGGAGGCGCUGUUUGCCUUCAGCGUAGAGGCUCUGGAGCUUCAAGGAGUGAUCUCCUGGGAGGCUCCAGCUGAGAAGAAAAUUGAGUGUACCCAGAAAGGGAAGAGCAACCAGACCGAGUGCUUCAACUUCAUCCGCUUCCUUCAGCCAUACAACGCCUCCCAUCUGUACGUUUGUGGUACCUAUGCCUUCCAGCCCAAGUGCACCUACAUCAACAUGCUCACGUUCACCUUGGAUCGUGCAGAAUUUGAGGACGGGAAGGGUAAAUGCCCUUACGACCCAGCUAAGGGCCACACUGGACUCCUUGUGGAUGGUGAACUGUACUCGGCUACACUCAAUAACUUCCUGGGCACAGAGCCGGUUAUCCUUCGAAACAUGGGGCCCCACCACCCCAUCAAGACGGAGUACCUGGCUUUUUGGUUGAAUGAACCUCACUUUGUAGGCUCUGCCUUUGUCCCUGAGAGUGUGGGAAGCUUCACGGGAGAUGAUGACAAGAUCUACUUCUUCUUCAGUGAGCGGGCAGUGGAGUAUGACUGCUACUCCGAGCAGGUGGUGGCUCGAGUGGCACGAGUCUGUAAGGGUGACAUGGGGGGAGCACGGACCCUGCAGAAGAAGUGGACAACGUUCCUGAAAGCUCGGUUGGUGUGCUCAGCCCCGGAUUGGAAGGUCUACUUCAACCAGCUGCGGGCAGUGCACACCCUGCUGGGCGCCUCCUGGCACAACACCACCUUCUUCGCGGUUUUUCAAGCUCGAUGGGGUGAUAUGGACCUGUCAGCAGUCUGCGAGUACCAGUUGGAACAUAUCCAGCAGGUGUUUGAGGGUCCCUUCAAGGAGUACAGCGAGCAAGCCCAGAAGUGGGCCCGCUAUACUGACCCAGUACCCACCCCCCGGCCCGGUUCGUGCAUCAACAACUGGCACCGAGACAAUGGCUACACCAGUUCUCUGGAGCUGCCCGACAACACCCUUAACUUCAUCAAGAAGCACCCGCUGAUGGAGGAACAGGUGAAGCCUCGGUUGGGCCGCCCCCUACUUGUAAAGAAGAACACGAACUUCACACAUGUGGUGGCCGACAGGAUCCUAGGACUUGAUGGCGCCACCUAUACAGUGUUGUUCAUUGGUACAGGAGAUGGUUGGCUGCUGAAAGCUGUAAGCCUGGGGCCCUGGAUCCACAUGGUGGAGGAGCUGCAGGUGUUUGACCAGGAGCCAGUGGAAAGUCUGGUGCUGUCUCAGAGCAAGAAGGUGCUGUUUGCUGGCUCCCGUUCUCAACUGGUUCAGCUGUCGCUGGCGGACUGCACGAAGUAUCGCUUCUGUGUAGACUGUGUCCUUGCCAGGGACCCCUACUGUGCCUGGAAUGUCAACACCAGCCGCUGUGUGGCCACCGGUGGUCAUUCAGGGUCCCUUCUGGUCCAACACGUGGCAAAUUUGGACCCUUCAAAGAUGUGUAUCCAGUAUGCCAUUAAAAAAGCCAGACCUGUUGUUCCCAAAAAUAUCACAGUUGUAGCAGGCACAGACCUGGUCCUACCCUGCCACCUCUCCUCCAAUUUGGCUCAUGCCCUCUGGACCUUCAGAGGCCGGGACCUGCCUGCAGAACAACCUGGCUCCUUCCUUUAUGACACGGGACUCCAGGCGCUGGUGGUGAUGGCCGCCCAGUCCCGCCACUCUGGGCCCUAUCAUUGCUAUUCAGAGGAGCAGGGGACAAAACUGGCUGCAGAAAGCUACCUUGUUUCUGUCGUGGCUGGCUCAUCGGUGACCCUGGAGGCACGGGCUCCCUUGGAAAACCUGGGGCUUGUGUGGCUAGCCGUGGUGGCCCUGGGGGCUGUGUGCCUGGUGUUGCUGCUGUUGGUUCUCUCGCUCCGCCGGCGCCUGCGAGAAGAGCUGGAAAAGGGUUCCAAGGCAGCCGAGAGGACACUGGUGUACCCCCUGGAACUGCCCAAGGAGCCAGCCAGUCCCCCCUUCCGUCCUGGCCCAGAAACCGAUGAGAAACUUUGGGAUCCUGUUGGUUACUACUAUUCAGAUGGCUCUCUCAAGAUUGUGCCUGGUCACGCCCGGUGCCAGCCCGGGGGUGGGCCCCCUUCCCCACCUCCUGGCAUCCCCGGCCAGCCCUUGCCUUCUCCAACUCGGCUUCACCUAGGAGGUGGUCGGAACUCAAAUGCCAACGGUUAUGUGCGCUUACAGUUGGGUGGAGAGGACCGAGAAGGAUCUGGGCACCCACUGCCUGAGAUUGCUGAUGAAUUACGACGGAAACUGCAGCAGCGCCAGCCGCUGCCUGACUCCAACCCAGAGGAGUCUUCAGUAUGAGGGAACCCCCCCACCUCAGUGGCGGGGGGUUUUCAUGGGAGGUGCACUCUUAACUUUUGCACAGGCACCAGCUACCUCAGGGACAUGGCAGGGGCAGCAUUUGCCCAGCCAUGAGGACCUGCUCAGCAUGGGCACUGCCACUUGCUAUGGCUCACCGGGGCAUCAGCCUCACAGGAGGCACACCCUCCUCUGUGAAUUUCACAUACGUGGGACCCCAGCAGCCAAAACUUUGCAAGGAAGAGGUUUCAAGAUGUGGGUGUGUUUGUGCAUAUAUGUGUUGGUGUGUGUAUGGAGGGGUGUGUGUGUGUAUGUGUGUGUGUGUGUGUGUGUGUGUGUGUGUGUGUGUGUGUGAUAACCUUCCUGUCUCUGUCAAGUCUUCCCUUGGCCUGGGGUCCUCCUGGUUGAGCCUUUGCAGCUAUGAAGGGGAAGGGGGUCAUAGCACUUUGCUUCUCCUACCCCCAGCUGUCCCGAGCUUGGGAUGGUGAUGUACAUACAUAUGGGGAUGGGAUGGACAGGGUGUUGUACCCCUUUAGGGGGAGUGCGGGACUUGGGGGUGGGCCUAGCCCUGCUCCUAGGGCUGUGAAUGUUUUCAGGGCGGGGAUUGGGGGGUAGAGAUGGAACCUCCUGCUUCAGGGGGAAGGGUGGGCAGGGCCUCCCACUUGCCUGCCACCUGGUUCGGUGGUAUUUUAUAUUUGUGCUCUUCUGACAGGGCUGGGAAGGGUUGUUGGGGGGAGGGAAGGGAGAAGGUGGGCGUGCUGUGGAUACUGGCCUAUCUUCUCCCAGCUCUGGGAAAAGGGCUAACAGUGUAACUUAUUGUGUCCCCACAUAUUUAUUUGUUGUAAAUAUUUGAGUAUUUUUAUAUUGACGAAUAAAAUGGAGAAAAUGAAACUUAA